AUGAAGCGCCGUUUGGAGGAUCAGGACACGGUCUUUGCGGCGCAGCAGCGUCGGCUCCCAGGAAACUCUGAGGGCUUCCAGCACAGGGUUCUGGCCCCAGCCCCAGUGUAUGAGGCUGUGGCAGACAGCAUGCAGCCCACCACAGGCAUCCAGUACCCUGUACCUCAGGGAUACCAGGUUCCUACUGUGGCGCAGAGCUCAGGGGGUCAUGGUCAUGGUCCUAGUCCUGCUGUCCACAGCAGCUCCCACCACCACAGUCCUGUUGUGCAGCCCCAUGGCCCUGCGCUGGUCCAAGGUCAUGCACACCCACCCAAUCCCACUGCCUCCGCACAGGGACAGCAGCAGUUCCAGAGACUCAAGGUGGAAGAUGCCUUGUCCUACCUGGAUCAAGUGAAACUGCAAUUUGGAAGUCAGCCACAAGUUUAUAAUGACUUUCUGGACAUCAUGAAAGAGUUCAAGUCUCAGAGCAUUGACACACCAGGUGUGAUCAAUCGAGUGUCUCAGCUCUUUAAGGGCCACCCUGACCUCAUCAUGGGCUUCAACACCUUCCUGCCACCUGGAUAUAAAAUUGAGGUGCAGACCAAUGAUCUGGUGAAUGUAACGACGCCAGGUCAGAUCCACCAUAUUACACCUCAUGGCAUCUCGGUGCAGAAUAUCCCUCCAGCACCGCAUCAGAGCCAAUUGGCUCCCCCAGCUUCCAGUGGAGCUGCCCCUCCCCCAACCCAGCCAUCGCAAAAGAGCAAACCAUUGCAGUCUCCAGCAUUGACCCCAAGCAGUCAGCCUAAUCCGUCCAUCCCUCCGUAUGCCUCCCCGCGUUCCCCACCUCUACAGCCCCACACCCCUGUAAGCAGUACCCCAAGUGCCCCUCCACUGCAAAAUAACCAGCCUGUGGAGUUCAACCAUGCCAUCAACUACGUCAACAAGAUCAAGAACCGCUUCCAGGGUCAGCCGGAUAUCUACAAAGCAUUCUUGGAGAUCCUGCACACAUACCAAAAGGAGCAACGUAAUGCUAAAGAAGCCGGGGGAAACUACACUCCAGCUUUGACUGAGCAGGAGGUGUAUGCCCAAGUGGCACGGCUCUUCAAGAACCAGGAGGACUUGCUGUCAGAGUUUGGUCAGUUCCUCCCAGAUGCCAACAGCUCUGUGCUGCUCGGCAAAACAACAGCAGAGAAAGCAGAAUCUGUACAGAAUGAUCAUGGAAGUACAGUGAAGAAGCCACAGCUGAACAACAAGCAGAGGCCAAACCAGAAUGGUUGUCAGAUCCGCAGACACAGCACUACAGGAGCCACUCCGCCUGUGAAGAAAAAACCCAAGUUACUCAAUCUGAAGGACUCCUCUAUGGCAGAGGCCAGCAAACACGGAGUCGGCACAGAAUCUUUGUUCUUUGAGAAGGUGCGAAAAGCCCUGAGAAGUGCCGAGGCCUAUGACAACUUCUUGCGGUGCCUGGUUAUCUUUAACCAGGAAGUGAUCUCUCGUGCUGAGCUGGUGCAGCUGGUGCUGCCUUUUUUGGGGAAGUUCCCAGAGUUGUUCACCUGGUUUAAGAAUUUCCUGGGCUACAAGGAGAUGUCCCACCUGGAGAGCUACCCUAAAGAGAGGGCAACAGAGGGCAUCGCCAUGGAGAUAGACUACUCCUCAUGUAAGAGACUGGGCUUUAGUUACAGAGCUCUGCCUAAGAGCUACCAGCAGCCCAAAUGCACAGGGAGAACCCCACUCUGCAAAGAGGUGCUAAAUGACACAUGGGUGUCUUUCCCUUCCUGGUCAGAGGACUCCACCUUUGUCAGCUCUAAGAAAACGCAGUAUGAGGAGCAUAUUUAUAGGUGUGAGGAUGAGCGCUUUGAGUUGGAUGUGGUUUUGGAAACAAACCUGGCCACUAUCCGGGUGCUGGAAACGGUGCAGAAGAAGCUCUCUCGGAUGUCUGCCGAGGAGCAGGCAAAGUUCCGUCUAGACAACACGCUGGGAGGCACAUCUGAGAUUAUCCACCGCAAGGCUAUUCAGAGGAUAUACGGAGACAAGGCGCUGGACAUCAUUGAUGGACUGAAGAAGAAUCCAGCAGUCUCUGUCCCCAUCGUGCUGAAGAGGUUAAAGCUGAAGGAAGAGGAAUGGAGAGAAGCACAGCGAGGCUUCAAUAAGAUCUGGCGUGAGCAGAACGAAAAGUAUUACCUGAAAUCCCUGGACCACCAAGGCAUCAACUUCAAACAGAAUGACACCAAGGUGCUGCGCUCCAAGAAUCUGCUCAACGAGAUUGAGAGCAUCUAUGAUGAGCGGCAGGAACAGGCCUCUGAGGAGAGCGUGACACCACCUGGUGGCCCCCAUCUCACCUUAACGUACGAGGACCGACAAAUCCUGGAGGACGCUGCAGCCCUCAUCAUCCACCACGUCAAGCGGCAGACUAGCAUCCAGAAAGAGGACAAGUACAAGAUCAAGCAGAUCAUCUACCACUUCAUUCCUGACAUGCUCUUUUCCCAGCGGGGGGCGCUGUCGGAUGAUGAGGAAGAGGAAGAUGAGGAGGACAUGGAGCUGGAUGAAGGAGGCUCCAAGAAGCACAAUGGUUUGGCGGUAGGGAGCAGCAGUGGAAGCCCCUCCAAGUCCAAACUCCUCUUUAGUAGUUCAGCUGCCCAGAAGCUGCGCUCCUGUGACGAGGCCUACAACUUGUUCUUUGUGAACAACAAUUGGUACAUCUUCCUGCGGCUGCACCAGACGCUGUGCUCACGCCUCCUCCGUCUCUACGUCCAGGCCGAACGGCAGAUAGAGGAGGACUUGAGGGAGCGAGACUGGGAGAGGGAGGUGCUCGGGCUCAAACGAGACAAAAACGACAAUCCUGCCAUCCAGCUGCGGCUGAAGGAGCCUAUGGACAUUGACGUUGAAGACUACUAUUCAGCCUUUUUGGAGAUGGUGCGGAACCUGCUUGAUGGGAACAUGGAGGGAUCUCAAUAUGAGGACUCUCUGAGAGAGAUGUUCACUAUCCAUGCCUAUACUGCCUUCACCAUGGACAAGCUCAUCCAGAGCAUUGUCAGACAGCUUCAGCACAUAGUGAGUGAUGAGAUCUGCGUGCAGGUGACGGAUCUCUAUCUGUCUGAGAGCAGUAACUGUGCUACAGGUGGAACCCUCUCGACUCAGGCCUCCAGAUCACCUGCUGAAUCAGCCUACCAGCGCAAGGCAGAGCAACUCAUGUCCGAUGAGAACUGCUUUAAAUUGAUGUUCAGUAAGAGUCGAGGGAACGUACAACUGACAAUUGAGCUGCUGGACACGGAAGAAGAGAACUCUGAUGAGCCAGUGGAGGCAGAACGCUGGUCAGAUUAUGUGGGCCGGUAUCUAAGUGCUGAUGUGACGUCCCCAGAGCUAAGAGAGCAUCUAGCACAAAAGCCUGUUUUUCUUCCAAGAAACCUUCGGCGAAUUCGUAAGUGCCAGCGGGGACGGGAGCAGCAGGAGAAAGAGGUGAAGGAAGGAGGGAAGAAGGAGAAUGCUGAGAACAUGAAAAUGGAGUGCAUGUUCAAGCUAAACUCUUACAAAAUGGUGUACGUGUUUAAGUCUGAGGACUACAUGUAUAGACGCACUGCACUACUGCGAGCUCAUCAGUCCCAUGAGCGAGUGAGCACGCGGCUACAUCAGCGCUUCCAGGCCUGGGUGGAUGGCUGGGUGAAGGAGCACGUCACCAGAGAAAUGGCCGCCAACACUACCAAGUGGCUGAUGGGAGAAGGGCGUGAAGGGCUCCUUCCCUGCUCCACGACAUGUGACCACGAGACACUCCACUUCAGGAACAUCAACAAGUACAGAGUCAAAUACUGCAGCAGCUACAAAACUCCCUGACCCCAGGCAGUAGAUGGGGCAAGGGGGUUAUUGGUUCAUGGGAGGAGGCAGUAGAGAUAGUGGGCAGGGAAGGAAAGCGGACUUAUCAACAACUUUCUAAGGAUGACAUGACAGCACAUGGCUAAGCCUCAGCGCUCUCAUGUCACACCAGUGGCGGCUGGCAUACGUCUUAGUUUUUAACAGCGUUUUUAGCUGUAGCUGUGCCCGCAUGUCCCUCAGUGCCAAACCGUGGGAAGAAAGACCCGUCCGUGAAGCAGAGGCACAGUCCUUGCACCUAAAUUAGUUUAGAACCAGCCAGUUCUGGAGUUUAUCAGUCCAGCAAAGAACACUGAUGGGCUGGAGUCUAGAUGGGCCAGGCUGUGGUGCAGGGGUUUUGAUGGGACAGGUUAAUAGGCAUUAAUGUAUUAUUGUAUGUACAGGUCAUAAGGCUGUGUCAUAAGGUGAGGAUAUGACGGUACCUUCACCUGCUUGCCAGGUUGGGUUUUAUAGUUUUUUUUUUCAGUGAAUGGGCACAAUUGGUAAACUAGUUGGGGGGAGAAUGAAAUAGUUUUUCAAGAACAGAACAGUAGCAUCAAACAGUUUUAGUUCUUGUUUUGGGAUAAGUGCACUUAACUUUGCAGAGAUAAAUCUUUAGUUAUCCAACCAAAGUAUAGGAAGCUCAAGAGGCACCAUCAUUAAAAUAAGCUCAAGUGAUUUCCCAUUCUGAUGUCCAGUAUGUCAUAACGAACAAACUCUAAGAGUACAAUCUUUUUAUUUAAAAUGGAAAAAAAACUAAAACAGCAAAAAAAAAAAAAAAAAAAAAAAAAUUAAACAGAACAGACAGCAAUAAAGA